CGGACAUGCACCAUUAUGUAACUGAACUUGCUGCUAAGAUCUGAAGAACUUUGAGCUGAUGACCUUUUGCCGGGGAUUAUGAUCCAGAAGAACUAUUCAGUGCUUACUAUUACUAGAAACCACUGCAAGACAUGACAUCUACUUAUCUGAACAUUUCUAGCAACCCUUCAGACAAAAUGUCAUGCCUGAAUAUGACACUUACAGACCACCAGCCAGAGCUAAUGCCAGUACUGUACUCCAUCAUUUUCACUUUUGGGAUUAUUGGUAACUGCUUGGUGAUUAUCGUUUUGUGUCUCCAAGGAGACCUUAAAUCUGUUGCCAAAAUUUAUAUAGUAAACUUAGCCGUGGCUGAUCUAGUAUUUUUGGCAACUCUACCAUUUUGGGCAACAUAUUAUGCUUUGGGCUACAACUGGCUUUUUGGGAAAGUGAUGUGUAAAAUUUCAAGCUCCCUUUUAUGUCUUAAUUUAUUUGCAAGCAUCUUCUUUAUUAGCUGUAUGAGUGUGGACAGAUACGUAGCAGUUGUUUACCCUUUUAGUUCACAGAGGAGAACCAAGUAUCAGGCUUGUCUUGUCUCUAUAAGUGUCUGGAUCUUGGCUAUAUUGUCCUCUGUCCCCACAUUUUAUUUUCGCAAUGCAUUCUAUAUUAAUAGACUCGGAGCCCAUGUGUGUGCAAUGGAUUUUCCAAAGGAAAAAUAUUCAAGCUGGUGUGUGGGGAUGUCAUUAAUGAAGAUCUUUCUUGGCUUUUGUGUGCCAGUUUCUGUGAUUGCCACUUGCUACCUGAUGAUUGGCAUACAUCUGAAAAGGUCAAAAGGUCCAGUGAUCAAUAUACAAAACCGAGACAGAGUCCAGAAAAUUGUUACAGCAAUUGUAAUGGCCUUUCUUAUCUGCUGGUUUCCCUUUCAUGCGCUCACCUUCUUGGAUGCUCUCGUCAGAAUGGACAUAAUAAGUCAUUGCAAAAUUGUGACAUUUAUUGAAAAAGCCAUGCCAUUUUGCAUCUGUAUGGGCUUUUCCAACAGUUGUAUUAAUCCCCUAUUGUACUGCUUUGUUGGAAACCAAUUUAGGGAACAUUUCAGACAUUUAUUUCUAUCCAGGAUAUCAGUGAACAUUAACAGCCAACUGAACUCUUCUAGAAAGGGAAGUGACUGCAAAGAGCAAGAGCCAAGCGGACAAAGCAAUAAUGUGGUUGUAUGACUGUUUGUCCCUCCAGGAUUUUGUAAAUCCUAAUUUUACAGUGACAAGAUGCCUGCCGGGUCUGUUGGAAAUGAUUUUUCUGAGAACUACUAUUCCUCAAAGUAUUCCUCAAAGCAAGCAUCUGGCACUAUUGUCAGCUAGAAUGUAGUAUCUUUAAUGACUGAACUGGUUAAAUUCAUUUACAUUAUUGUUUAUAUCCUAUAUAUUUGCUUCUUAUUCCUUCAUGGAUGAAAGAAUUAAAAAUUAGAUUUUCAUUUAA